CUUCGUUUUCUAUCAGUUUGUUGAUUCUAUUGUAUUUUUUCGUUAAAGGAUUUUCUGGAGAAAUCUCAUUGUUUCGGCGGCUUGAAAUUAUAGUUGUGACGAAUCAGUAAGGAAGAAACACAAUUCCAAGGAUUGCUUCAGAUUAUGGCGAUCUAACUGAGUUUGAUCAACCAUGGACAGAAAAGGAGAGAAAGAGAAAGUUGAGGGGGACAGGGAUAGGUUUGUAGAAACAGAAAAUAUGGGGGAGGAGACGCCACUGCAGAUGCAUGGGGAGUUGCAGGGGCAGAGAUCAAGCGAAGAGACCAUAUUUGUGUCGGUUAGAUUGAGGCCUUUAAAUGAGAAAGAAAUUGUGAGGAAUGGUGAGUCUGAUUGGGAGUGCAUUAACAAAAACACUAUUGUAUUCAAGCAUAGCAUGCCGGAGCGGUCUAUGUUCCCUGCUGCCUAUACAUUUGACCGUGUUUUUGGGUGUGACUGCCCUACAAAAGAAGUCUACGCGGAAGGAGCCAAAGAAAUUGCUCUUUCAGUACUCAAUGGCAUCAACUCAACCAUUUUUGCAUAUGGGCAAACAAGCAGUGGAAAGACAUAUACAAUGAGUGGAAUUACUGAAUUUGCAAUGGCUGAUAUAUAUGACUAUGUAGACAGGCAUCAAGAACGUGAAUUUGUGUUAAAAUUUUCUGCAAUGGAGAUAUAUAAUGAACAUGUCAGAGAUCUCCUCAGUUCAGAUUGUACCCCACUCAGACUCCUAGAUGAUCCAGAGAGAGGGACAGUUGUUGAAAGACUGAUUGAAGAGACUCUAAGAGAUAAGGAACAUCUAGAGGAGCUCCUUUCCAUUUGUGAAGCUCAAAGGCAGAUAGGAGAAACCUCUUUGAAUGAAACUAGCUCUAGAUCUCAUCAGAUUCUGCGACUGACAGUUGAAAGUUCUUCUCGUGAUUAUUCUGGAGCUCAAAAUUCUAGCACUCUUACAGCCUCUGUGAAUUUUGUAGAUUUAGCUGGAAGUGAGCGUGCUUCCCAAACAGUAUCUGCUGGUGCAAGAUUGAAAGAAGGCUGCCACAUUAAUCGGAGUUUACUAACCUUAGGAACCGUAAUUCGCAAAUUAAGCAAGGGAAGAAAUGGACAGCACAUACCUUAUAGAGACUCCAAGCUGACACGCAUACUCCAGAAUUCCUUAGGAGCCAAUGGAAGAACAGCCAUAAUUUGCACCAUGAGUCCAGCAAGCAGUCAUGUUGAGCAAUCAAGAAACACCCUCUUGUUUGCAAGCUGUGCCAAAGAGGUCACAACUAAUGCCCAGGUCAAUCUAGUAAUGUCAGAUAAGGCAUUGGUAAAACUAUUGCAAAGAGAAUUGGCUAGGUUGGAGGGUGAGAUGAAGAGCUUAGUAUCUGGUUCUGGCCGGGGUGAUUCCACUAAAUUACUCAAAGAGAAAGAGAUACUGAUUGAACAGAUGGACAAAGAGAUUAAAGAAUUGACCCGGCAGCGUGACCUUGCUCAAUCUAGAGUUGAAAAUCUGCUGAGAUCAGUUGGAGAUAUUCAAACACCAAAGCAGGAUGAAUAUUUAGCAAUGGCAACCCCAAAUUUAGCCAAUCCUCGACGUUUGGCUGCUUUCAACCAGCUUAGGACUUUUGAUGAACCCAACACUCCUAGUUACAACCAAUACCUAGAGCUUUCUUUGAAUGCCGAUGACAAAUUUCUGCUGGAUGACGGUACUCCUAACUUCAUCCGGCUUGAUCCAUGUCAAGAUUGGGAGGAGGUAGCUCAAAAAACGCAUGGAGAAUCCACAGACUUCUGCAAGGAAGUUAGAUGCAUCGAAAUUGAAAAGCCAUGCAUUAAGACAAAUGCAAAAGCAUAUGAUGAGUCCCUUACUGAUUCAGAGGAGAAGGAAGAAAAAUUAGUCAAGAUAAGGUCCAUAGAGGAUGGUGCAGCAUCAUUACCUCAGAAGGUAGAUAUGCAUUCAAGUCCUAUGAGUAUAGGGGAAACUAACAAUGAAAAUGAUGCUGAAAUUGAAGGGACAACUCUAAAACUAAAAGCAGAUUUUUCCUCAGCCAUUGUGGGUAACAAUGAAGGAAAAUUGGCCAUAACGGAAAAAGAAGAAAAAUCAGCUAUAACUGGCGCCGUGAGUGAGGAUUCAGUGCCAUCCGCUCACAAGGGGGAUAGACCAAGUCAACUGAAUACAGAUGACACUUAUGAUGCAUUGAGAGGAAGAAUUCAGGAACUGAAAAGUACAAUAAAAUAUCUUAUCAAGCUUCAGGGCGUAGAGCAAUCUCCUACUUCGUCAGAUACAUCUGGCGCUAGUAGCAGGAGCAUAAGUAGAAGCAGAAGUUGUAGGGCGGUUCUCAACACUGCCACAUCAUCUCCACUUAGCACACCACCUACUGGAUUUGAAAGGAACUUCCCAGGUCUACCACGAGGCAUUUGCCAAAAUCUUUCUGAAUUGAAAUAUGACUCCCUGAAUCAAGAUAUCUCAAGCAGAACUUCUCUUCGUUGUGGAUCCUUUGAUGCACGGACUCUGAAAGGUUUAGAUAUGGAGGAUAUUACAGGCAUCCAUGAACCGAAUGAAAGAGAAAAACUUCAGUUGGGGGACCAAAUUGGUCAUGGUCCUGUGAGAAAACGAACUCUCUCUCUUGAUUUUGCUACGAUGGGGAAGGGAAUGACACUUCAAUCAAAUAAACAAUCUCAUGAGAAUAUGGAGGAUAGUACUAGCAUCCAUGAUUUUGCACCAGGAUCAAAUGGCAGACCUCAGUGUCACUUGGAGAGGCAACUUGGUGAUGAUUCAGUGAGAAAACGAACUUCUACCUCUCUUGAUUUUGUUCCACGAAUUAGUGAAAUGAAUCCUCUGUCAAGGAAGCAAUCUAGUGAAGACAUGGUUCAUGGAGUUGCAGACAAGGCCGAAGAAUCUCUAGAAAUCAAAAAGGAUACAACAGAACCUGCUUCUCCCUCAGAAUUUGAGAUUCAGCAGAGACAAAUAAUCGAACUUUGGGAUGCAUGCUACGUACCGUUAAUCCACAGAACUUAUUUCUUUCUUCUCUUCAAAGGCGAUCCUUCAGAUGCUGUGUACAUGGAGGUUGAGCUAAGGAGGUUAUCUUUUUUGAAAAACUCACUCCCGUCUGGAACUAAUGCUAGAAAUGAUAAUCGCAAUGCAACAAUAAUGUCCAGCAUGAAGGAUCUGAACCGAGAGAGAGCAACGUUGAGCAGGCAGGUACCGAAGAAGUUCUCAAGAAGGGAGAGAGAAGAACUCUACAAGAAAUGGAGUAUUGAGUUGAACACAAAGCAGAGGGCUCAGCAGUUGGCGCGCCGCUUAUGGACAGACACAAAAGACAUGGAGCAUAUAAAGCAGAGUGCUGCUCUGGUGGCAAAGUUGAUUGGAUUUGUAGAACCCAGUCAAGCUCCCAAGGAGGUUUUUGGACUCAGCUUCUUGCCCCGGAAUUUCACACGAAGAUCCUACAGCUGGAAAUAGAGCCUGCCUGCUCUGGUUCUAAGCUCCACAGGAGAUAGAAAGCUUUCUAGGAUGGUACAUAGCCUACCCAUUUUAUUCGUCCAUCAGUUAAAUUAUAUCUGAAGUCUGCAGGGUUCAAGACUCGAAUGUAUAAACCCACAAUUUAGUU